CAUGUUUUAAAAUCAAAUUAAUAACUCGUACGAGGUGUUUGCAUGUUGUUUAAAUACAGCGCUGUGUGUGUGAAGGCUCGUGACAUCGUCGCUGCAUGUUUAACGCACAGCAUGGACUUCACGGAGUGCUACGGGGACACCGUGUCCAGUGUCGCCGCCGCGGCUCGCUCGGGCUGCAGGAGGCGGCUGAGGCGGCUGAUGAAGAGCGGCUUCAGCGUGCACUGCCGGGACAACCGAGGCUGGAGCGCCCUGCACGAGGCGGCGGCCGCCGGGAGCCGGGACUGUGUGCAGGACAUCGUGACUGCUGCAGCAGCAGGCUCGUCCCGUGGCUGCCGCGUCUACGUGAACUCGUUGACACACGAGGGGGAAUCUGCGUGUUACCUGGCAGCGAAGCACGGACACGUGGCAGUGGUCCGACUCCUCCUGAAAGCGCACGCCGACAUCAACCAGCUAACAAAUGACUUAUCCUGUCCUCUGUACGCAGCUGUAGACGGCGGGCACAAGGAGGUUGUCGAGCUGCUGGUCAGCAAAGGUGCAGAGGUCAACAGGACACACACGGCGUCCUGCUGGACGUGCCUUCAUCAAGCUGUUUAUAAGGGUCACGGUGAAAUUGUGAGCAUACUGGUCAAUGUGUGCAACCUGGAGGCAUUAGACGACCACAGGAUCUCCCCUCUGUUUGUGGCUGCACAGUACGGACAGCAGGAAUGCCUGGAGAUCCUUGUUAAUGCUGGUGCAGAUGUGAACACCCAGGCGGCUGAUCUAGCCACUCCCCUGCUGAUCGCCUCUCAGGAGGGCCACCAGACAUGUGUGGAUUUCUUGCUGGACCACGGGGCAGAUCCCAACGUAGCCUGCAGUCAGGACUGGCCGCAGCUUCCCAUUCAUGCAGCUGCUGAGUUUGGACACAUCAGUGUCCUCAGGAGGCUGAUAGCUGUUACGGAUCGCACGUGUGACCGUGGUGACGGCAUGGUGAGUCCACUGUACGUGGCCGUCCAGAGGAAUCAGAGCGACAGUGUCGAGACGCUCUUGAGGGAAGGUUAUAGCCCAGAUGCUCAGGACUGCACACACAUCCUCGGCCUCCGUUCACCACUCUCCUUCGCCUUGUGCUUCAGAUCCAACAAACCGUACAGUGAAUUGGUGAGGUUGCUGGUAGCUGCAGGAGCUCGUCUGGGUGAGGAGGACUGGAUUCACGCCUUGGCCACUGACAGAACAGACCUGCUGCAGCUGAUACUUGAGCACAGAUGGCUCCCUCGACCGGAAACUUUAACCAGGGGCUGCUCUGUGCCACAUCGUGAUGGGAAAACUCUUUUAAAGCUGCAGGAUCUGAGGGAGAUGCUCUGUGUGGCACUAAACCAAGUACACUUCGCCGCCUGCUGGCUUCCUCUGCUUCUGAAUGCAGGACUGGAACCUUCUCUGCUGCUUCAGCCACACAUGUUGGAACAGGCAGACAGUGAGGUGUUGAAUUACCUGCUGGAGUUCGUAAACUGGUCGACUCUGCGCCCCCCUUUGAAACACAUUCUGGAUCGAAGGCGAGCAGAGAAGACUUGGCAACCAUGUCCACAGUUUGACUCCAUCACCAGUCUUUCCCACAUCUGUCGGCUGCAGGUUCGGUUCAUACUCGGACCUGAUCAGCUGAUGAGGACUAAUGUGGUGCAGCAGCUUCCCGUGCCCUCCCCACUUCACAGCUUCCUUCAAUUCAAAGACAUCCCAGAAGUUUCCUUCCAACACUCACCGCCAUCUCCACUCCUGGGUCCGAUAGAGGGAUACCGCAGCACACACCAGCACAGACAUGUUCUGUAACCCCUGCAGGUCACGGUGCUCUGGAUCACCGCUCCAUCAGAUGGAAAUAUUUGAUUUAUUUUACACUCUUAACUCUUCAUAUGAAACAAACUGUGACUACAUAGGUGGAGCAACUGAGAUUACAUUUAAAAACAUAAACAGUUCACUCAUUUGCAUAUUGUAAUAAACCCAUGCUGCCUGUAUUCACUUGUUCCUCUGUGCUGGUCAUAUUUAUGAUUUAAUUUGAUUUAAUAUUUUUCAAUUAAAGUUAAUAAAUCCUCUCAAAA